AUGAUCCUAGAUCAUCAGCAUCUGCUAUACACAAAUUACAACAAGCUGAAGCAGAUCUUAAAAAAAACAUUUCCACUGUGGAUAAAAAAUGCUAAUAAGAUUAUGAUGAACAAAGAUGAUAUCAAGUUUUUAGAGUCUAUGAUGGCAAACCGUAUUGCUUCAUUUGCAUCACUUGACAAAAAGUUAGUAUUGCAAUUGCAGCGUAAGGAUACAAGAGCGCAGAAGCAGGAAGAAAGGCGUCGUAAAUUUCAGGAGUCAGCUGCAGCAUCAUCCACUGCAGCACCGCUCAGCAGUGACGAAAGUUGUGCCGAUAUUGACAGUCCCGUCAAGCAGCCCGAUAAAGUUCCAGCAAUGCAGACAAGGACCCAUCAUCGACUACGUCGCACUGGAACGGAUGCCUUUACACCUUUUGACAUUAUUAAAUCUCCAAAAAUUGUCUUUUUCUACCAAAUUGAAAAUUUCUCCAGCACAGCAGUCAGCACUCACUAA